UUUCGACAGCUUGAGUAAACCGGUGAGCUUUUUCCACAUGAAAAUGGCUAGUACCAAUCGGUUGUUUACAGGUCAUAGGCCCAUAAUUUUAGGCUCCUUCGUUCUUUUCAUGCUUUUUUUUUUUGGUGGUUGCUUGAUUUAGUGCACUAAUGUUUCAAGCCCAACGCAAGUAAAAGCUGGUGCUGCUGGUCACAGCUGAUGUGGCCAUUGAGUUUGCGACGUGCUCAUCUUAUUCAUCCCCAGACUCUACAAAAUUAUUAGGCUGUGUUUUGGAUGAAAUCAAAUUCCUUUACCGACAAGCGAAGGUGAAAGGCAAAAGUUUGAUGACAAUAACAAGUAUGAUGUCUACCCCCAUCCUCAUGCAAAGUAUCCACUUGAGAAACAAAGCAGAAAACUAAUCUAAUCACAAAUACUAAAAAAGAAGCAGGAACUCCUUGCAUUAAUGAUAAUCUGGGGCAAGCCUACUGAAUCAAGAAGGAUUCAUGGACACAGAGAUAGGAAACAAGAAUGAACCAGACCAGCAUCAGAACAAGAAGCAUAUGAAGGCAUUUCUGGUAUUUUUAAACUGCAUGUUAAUGGCAGUUGGUCAAGUCGCAGGUCCAUUACUUGUGAGGAUUUACUAUUUGCAUGGAGGAAAGAGUAAUUGGCUCGGUGCCUGGCUACUUACAGCUGGUUUCCCUAUCUUGAUCAUCCCAAUAGCCAUAUCUUACAUAAGAGCUAGAGCUAGAGCACAGGCCGGUAGAUUAUUGGUCACACCAUGGCUUUUUUCUGCUAGUGUCAUCUUGGGACUCCUUCUUGGCCUUGAUAGCUAUCUUUACUCCUUUGGCAUGUCAUAUCUCCCUGUUUCUGUUUCUUCCAUUCUUGGUUCUAGUCAAUUGGCCUUCACUGCAAUUUUUGCAUAUAUAAUUGUCAAGCAUAAGUUCACGCAUUACUCGAUAAAUGCGGUGGCUUUGAUGACUUUCGGGUCUGUUAUUCUUGGUUUUCAUAUGAAUGGAGACAGACCGAGUGGCGAGUCUAAAGGAAAAUAUAUUCUGGGUUUCUUCAUGACUAUUGGUGGUGCAGCUCUUCAUGGGUUUCUAAUGCCUGCUUUGGAGUUUACUUACUUGAAGGCUGGCAAGGCCAUCACCUUUGACCUUGUCCUGCAAGUUCAGUUCCUUAUAUCAAUGUUUGCUACUCUAUUUUGCUCUAUCCCCAUGAUUAUCAACAAGGACUUUAAGGCUAUAUCCAAAGAGGCAGCAGAGUUUGGUCUUGGUGAAACAAAGUACUACACCAUCCUAUUAAUAGCAGCCAUAGUAUUGCAGUUAUUAGUAAUAGGAAGUCUGGGGGUGAUAUUUAACUCCUCGUCACUUUUAGGGGGGCUUGUGUCAUCUCUUCUGGUUCCAGUCCAACAGGCAUUUGCUGUGAUAAUCUUGAAAGAGGUCUUUAAUGCAGAAAAGGGCAUGGCCUUGGCCAUGUGUCUAUGGGGUUUUGCUUCUUACUUGUAUGGAGAAUACCAGAAGCCAACAAAGAAGAAUCGACCCAUUAGUUAAUCAGGAAAUACUACAUUUGUUUCUGUAUGCAUAAUUAUGAAUCAACUGCAUCCUUAUGAAGCUAUGCGCUUUUCUUUAUUCAGCUGUAUCUACUGUUGUGAAGAGUAUGAUCUCGCAUAUCUAAAAUAAAGAUUGCUGACUUGAAUUCGUGAAGGACUCGUCUUCAGAGCAUUAGCAUGUUUCUUGAUGUAGAAGGAAUUACUUCUUUCCCUUUCAAGUAGAUGAAUCAUCCAAUGCACAUAGUUUUUAGAGGAACAUUUGAUUUGGUUUAUUACAUUAUCUUCUCCUCGGAACAAGGUUUUUUAUUUUUAGGACUGGUUGGUGAUUCUGUUGGGACUGAUUUUUGCAGAGCAGGACAGGAUACAAUAGCCGUAUUUACCUGAGUAGAUUCGAAAUAUGUUGUAGUGGGAUGCAAUUUAUAUCCUUUGACGAAUAACAAGAGACUCAACUGGAAUUCUUUCAAUAGCUUGAUCUAGCUAGUGUGCUUUUUUCCACAUGAAAAGUGAUUUUAGGUUUUGCGGGUCUCGUAAUAUCUCCUUGUUAUUUUACCUCGUUUGACUGCGCACCGUCCAGUUGUUUAAUUACAAGCCAUUCUUGGGCUCUUUUUGGCUCCUUUUCACGACUAACUUCCUAAUUUUCUUUCUUUGGUAGCAGCUUCAUGUACUUUACUGGUCUUUGAAGUUCAAUAAUGCAAGCAAGCUGGGUGGGCUGGUCUAAGCUGAUGUAGUGUUUUGUCCAAGUUCAUGGCAAUCGGUGGCGACCACACUGCUUGUCUCAUUCAUCCUCGAGGAUCGUAAGACUCGGCGGAAUCAUGUGAUCACUAUGUUGUGGAUGAAAUCAGUUUCUUUGCGGACAAUUUAAAGUGAACGGGAUAGAUUUAAUUAAUGGCGAUAACAAAACAUCAUCUAUUUACGAAACUCAAGUAGAUAAGAACAAGAGCAUCAGCUUCUCACCUCAAAUACAAAAAAGAUGGAGCUCAGAACAGUAUAAUUCAUUACAUCAUCGCCUCUCGUUGAGGUUGUCUCCCUCCUCUUUCUACUUUCAUCCCCCUCAACACAAAUGACUCUGAUAUAUUACUGCUCUAUGAUUUAUCUUAGAAUUUAUUAUUGGAUAGUACAUGCUCUUCUUUCUAUUA